AUGGUACGUAUUAAGUUUCUUUUAUCUUAGGUAUAUUUGGAGCUUAAUUUAAAUGUUUCCAGUUUUUCUUAUUGCAUUCUAUCAGCUAUACAAAUAAUUUACAAUCCCUAAUUACUAUCAAUUAAUCAAAUAAGAUGCUCUUGAUUAAAGAAUAAUACAAUUCUUUGUAUUUCUUUGUUUUAUACUCAGGCUGUUCCUAUUCCAAUUUAUUACUUCAUAGAUCUUAUGAUCUCAAUUUUUGAAGGUUCACUUUUUGAACCAUGUAGAUUUUGUUUAUGGUAUCACCAUGUGGUACUUCUAUAAUUAUAUUAAGAAUAGAUUUCAAUGAUUGUUGUAACUGCUAUCAUAAUAAGAAAAGAAUAUUAAUGGUAAGAUACUAUGAUUAUGGCCACUCAUACGCUUUUGAUGAAAUAUCCAUUCAUUUUUGUGUUAAAUAUAAUAUAUGUUGCUUUGGUGUUUUAUUAUAAUAUAAUGUUGUAUUUAAGGUAACUUAUUAUAAUUAUUAUAGUCCAUUAAGAGAGAAAUGGAUAAAUCGGUUUUUGGGCAAAUUCUUUCCAUUCAUCUAUUAUAGUUUUAUUAUAGCUUUGAUUUAUGAUUGCACAAAUGCUUUGCCAUUUCUAUAUUGA